ACCCUCGCUACCUGCCCACUGAUCAUCUGCAUUUCUUUAUCUGGUUCACUCGGUCAUAUGUCGCAUUCAUAGUGCCUUUUCCUUUGUUUCACUGAUGCUGCUGUGUAAGCGCUAACGAUAUCUACUGUAAUAAACAUAUGGCUUCGCCAGAGUCCAGACCUCUGAACAUACGAUCCAGCAGGAGUCCUUCAAGCACACCCGCAGCAAUAGCAGCAGCCUCGCCGAACCCUUCUAUACACUCCAGACAUGCCUCAAUGGCUCGACUCUCCUCUCCUGUACCGUCUCAUCGCCUCAACAGUCCCCCGGUCGGCCAGGUUCCUACUCCUCAGCAGAUAGCCUCAGACAAGACGGAUAUUGCACUUCCCAAACUCGAUAGUACAGGCUCACUACCAGGGCCUGGCCAGUCCGCUCUCUCUAGCGGUCUCGCUUCUUCUGCAAGAACUCCUCCAAACCUCAGCACAACUCCAAGACAAUCAUCAGCCAGCGCUGCUGCGGGAUUAGGAAGUCAUGACAGAUUACCAAGAAGCAACUACGGGUCUUUUGGCGACGGUCGGGAUAUGGCAGGGAGUCCCGUACCAACAGAGAACGCCGAGGUGGUAAAGAGGCAUCUGGUCCAGCCGGAUCAAGGUUCGGGCAGAUAUAAGGCGGCUCUGCGAAUGGACCUGAACGAUCCAGGAGCUGGCUUAGACUAUCAAGACUUCUCCAGUCUGCGUUUGCAGGGAGGUGAUAUGACACGUGCCGUGUACAGAUGGGCAGAAGAGCAGGAAGAGAAUCAACCAGGCCGCGGAAAGAGGAGUAAGAGUUUCAGUCAUGCUCGGCAGGAGCCAGAAAGCGAAGUCUUGGAUAUCCAGAACAUCAAAGUACCCGGUGGUUUCCGUCGGAACUUCAUUCGCAGAGCUGCUGAGAGCCCUGAUCCAUCGGGUCGAAUCCUGAACUUGGACGGAACCGCAGAAACUUGGGGCAGACCUUUACCAAAUGGAAAAGCAAAGGCCAAGCCACAACUGUUCACGAAUAACUUCCUCGAGUUCCUCACGCUGUACGGCCACUUUGCUGGCGAGGAACUCGAGGAAGACGAUGAAGUCUUGGAGCCCGACGAGUAUUUCUCCUCCGAUGCGUGGGAAGGGGCUAGCGACCGAGAUCCUGGGGAAGACAGUGCUCUACUCACUCCAGGCACACCGGGACUUCGGAAGAGGAAGCACAAAGAGCGCAGGACCGGUGGGACCAACAGCAGUUUUAACGCCGCACUGCUGCUUCUUAAGUCUUUUGUCGGCACAGGAGUCCUUUUCCUACCUCGAGCCUUCUUGAACGGAGGCAUGUUGUUCUCGUCUCUGGUUCUUCUGGUGGUUGCCGCUCUCAGCUUCCAUUGUUUCAUCCUUCUUGUCAACACGCGGAACGUGAUCGAGGCCUCCUUUGGCGACAUUGGAGGCGUCCUCUACGGCAAGUGGAUGAGGGCGUUGAUUCUGUUCUCGAUCGUCAUCAGUCAGAUCGGCUUUGUGUCCGCCUACACUGUCUUCACAUCGGAGAAUCUGCAAGCUUUCGUCCUGGCGGUCUCAAAGUGCAAGAGCUUCAUCGACAUCAAGUUCAUGAUCCUGAUGCAACUGAUCAUCUUUCUACCCUUUAGCUUGAUCAGAGAGAUUGGCAAACUCGGCUUCACUGCUCUCAUAGCCGAUGCGUUCAUUCUGCUGGGCCUCAUCUACCUCUACUACUACGACAUUGCGACUAUUGUCUUUAAUCGUGGUGUUUCGGACAUCACGCAGUUCAACCCCUCGACCUGGACCCUAUUCAUCGGGACGGCCAUCUUCACUUUCGAAGGCGUCGGUCUGAUCAUCCCCAUCCAGGAGUCGAUGCGGAAACCGCACAAAUUCCCCGAAGUCCUCGGAAUCGUCAUGAUCAUCAUCACAGUCCUUUUCACCUCGAUUGGUGCCCUCUCGUACGCCGCUUACGGGUCGAAGACUAGGACCGUGGUUAUUCUCAACCUCCCUCAAGACAGCAAGAUGGUAAACGCCGUGCAGUUCCUCUAUUCACUGGCCAUCCUGCUCAGCACGCCCCUCCAGCUCUUCCCGGCCAUUCGUAUCAUGGAGAACGAGCUUUUCACCCGCUCGGGCAAAUACAACCCCUACAUCAAGUGGCAAAAGAACAUUUUCCGGUUCUUUUUGGUAUGCGUUUGUGCGCUGAUUGCCUGGGGCGGAGCGGGUGACUUGGACAAGUUCGUCGCGCUCGUGGGCAGUUUUGCUUGUAUCCCGCUGGUGUACAUCUACCCGCCCAUGCUGCAUUUGAAGGCCGUCGCGAAAGGCCCAUGGCAGCGAGGUUUGGAUUAUGUGGUUUGCGUGUUUGGAGUGGGCUUUUGCGUGUAUACAACUGUCCUCACCGUGCAGCAGUGGGCCGCAGGAGGUUCGACUAAGGCUCCUGGAUAUUGUGAUUCUUGAGCUUAAGAAUUGCGAUAAGCUUGCUCGAGAAACGCAUGGUACCAGUAGCUCUUGCGAACAUUACCUACUAUACGAUAAGUUACUCCGUAGUGGCUUGUCACAGUAAGAAUGUGCAUAGUGGAUCGAGUACUCCGUAAGUAGGUAGAACCUAGCCUUCGGAAGAGAUCUGUAACAAUGAAUGACGCAUGGUCAUGGUCAAGGGCAUGAUCCCGGCCUGCAUAAGAUAG